UCAUUUGCACCACCCCUACUUUGCCUCUCUCUCCUCAUCACUCCUCUCUCUCUCUCUCUCUAAUGACUAUUUAACAUGCAGCCUUUUGUUUUGCAGCUACCUGCCUGCAUAUAAUUCUGUUGCCUUCUCACUCCUUUAGCUUGCUUGCUCGUCUCUCUCCCCAUUGCCACCAUCAUCACCUCCAUCUCCUCGCCAUCACGCCUGCCGGCCUCCUCCUCCUCCUCCUUUGCACCGCCGCUACAAAAGACCACACUGCUUGCGAGCUAGCUAGCUGCUCUUCUGUUCAUCACAAUUCACACGACGAGACGACCCUCCGGGCAGAUCUUUAUUGACCUAGCCAGUUCUUGGCGCGCUAGUGCAGGCGUCUCAGCCACUUCUAUCUCAGUAAUCAGUGCUAGAUCAUUCAUCCGAUGGGCGUCGAGCUCGACCUUUCUGAAUUGGCCGUGCUCCGGCCGAUCCAGACCGCGGCGGGCGGCGCCGCGACGACGACGACGGCGGCUCGACCGGCGGGCGACGACGCCGACGGCCCGGACGCCGCCGACACGGGCUGCGUCACGCCGACGGCGAAGAGCUCCCUGCUGCCGCGCAUGGGCCUGGGCCUAGGCGGCGGCCUGGACAUCGACGCCGCCGCCGCCGCCGCCGCAGUCGCGGCCUGCGUCACGCCGACGGCGUCGCCGUGCCUGCUACGGCCGGCCACGGUGUGCCCUCCGGCGCCGCGGAAGCCGGCGAGGCCGGUGCUGCCGCCUUCCGACAACAAGAGGAAGCGCUGCUGUGUCCGACCGGGCCUGCAGCGCGCCUUCUUCCCCGUGCCGCACGACCUCUCCACCGUGUUCGUGCCGCGCGGCCCCGCGGACAGGUCGCCGCCGCCGCCUCCUCGGGCCGCCAAGAAGAUCCGCCUGCACGUCGUGGGCUGAUGAAUGAAGCCACGCCGCCGGUUCGUCGGACGGAGUCAUCAGAUACAACAGGAUGCAUGCCAUGCCACCACGCGCCAUGCUUUCGAAGUUUCGAUCUUCUUCUUCUUCUUCUUCCGCCAGUACUGAUCCAUGCGGCGCCGCGCCAUUGGCCAUUUGCUGCAAGCCUGCAAGUGCGAUCGAUCGAGGACAAAUUCAAGCUUCCUGACAGGACAGAAGACACGAAGGCCGGCCGGCCGGCCGGCCAGUACAAUCGCCACGCGCCAACAUUUCAGCAGAGGUUACCGAGUGUGUGUCUGUGUGUGCAGUGAGUGCGCUUCUCAAUCAGAUGAAUCGAGUCUGAAUCUGAAAUUCUGAAUAAUCGAAUUGUAAAUAUACCACAUUGUUGGCUGCGCAUGCUUGUCUUUGCGCGUCGAGGGUAUAAAGGCAAUCAUAAUUCCUGGGAAUUCACUGCGAA